GUUUUUAUAAACAUUUCUAAAUUUUGUUUAAAUAAAUAAAUUUGAGAGUGAUUCCUGCUUUCACAGUGAAUAUCUAGAAUUAAGAACCUUUUAACAUCUUUUUAGCUUAGUUCAAUAAUUAGUAUCAAGCAUAAUAAGCAUUUUCAUUAUCAUUUUAUAUAGAAUUUCACCUGUCAUUCUUAAAAACAAACAUGAUUCAUUUAUGAUAAUUAUAAGAUUAUUAAGUAAUAAACCAUUAUCAAAACCUGUGAGCAUUUUGCUUAAGAACAACCAAAAAUGUCUACACCAGAACAGCUUAUUGAAAACGCUGUCGAUGCAGCAAAAUUAGCUGUAAAAUUCGAUCAAGAAGGCCAAGCCAACCCUUCAGCUUACUAUUACAAAAUCGCAGCCCAAUGGCUUGAUCAGGCUGCUGCUAGUGUUGCAGAGGACAAGGGCGAAUCCUUAAAAAACAAAAGUGAAGAGUAUAAACAUAGAGCUGAAGAAUUAUUGGGAAAUGUUAGACAACAAACACAACACUCCCCUCAGGAUGAAAAUGAAAAUCAGAAAAGAGUGAUAAUCAAACAAUGUCAUUUUCUACUGCAACAAGCCAUAGAGGAAGAUGAGCAAGGAGACAAAGACGAUGCUAUAGAAUUAUAUGCAAAAGCUGUUGAAUAUGUAACAAAACAUCCUGAUCUUAUGCAGGGAGAUCUACGAGCUCUUGCAAUAAGGGCUUUAGAAAGAGCUGAAGAAUUAAAGGGAAUUAAACGGGAAUCUCCUGGAUCACCAAAAUUUCAACCCAAAAAUCCUCCAACAAAUAAUUUCAAUAUUACUAAUCAGAAACCUACAGCUUCAGCUCAAAGGCCUACAUUACAUAGAGGAACUAGUGCACAUUUAAAAGUUACUGGUGAAGAUGUAUAUAGUGACAAAGAAAAAGCUGUCUUAUUGCAUACAUCUAAAAUAAAUGGACGAGAUUUUGUACCAUUCAUGAGUGUUGAUUUAAAUGAAAGAUUUCAAUAUUCGAUUCCUUUCUCUGACAAAGAUGGUCAUCUUAUUUUAGCUCCGAAACAAAAACAGGAGUUUUACAAAAUGGUUAGGCCGGAAGAAAUUUGUAAAGAUCCUUGUAUUGUUCAGGGAACUUGCCCGAAUUAUCUCAACAUCAAACAAACAGUAAUUUCUGAUUGUUCUUUUGUGGCAAGUUUGGCUGUAAGUGCCCAUUAUGAGGCUAAAUUCGGACGCAAAUUAGUUACAGCUAUUAUUUAUCCUCAAUCCAAAGACAGGAGGCCUUUGUAUAAUCCUUUUGGAAAAUAUAUGAUAAAAUUGCAUAUCAAUGGCAUCCCUAGGAAAGUAAUAAUUGACGAUCAUUUGCCUAUUGAUAAGCACGGGAGGCUUUUAUGUUCAUAUUCUAGCAAUAAAAACGAAUUCUGGAUAUCUCUUUUGGAAAAGGCUUACAUGAAAGUUAUGGGCGGUUAUGAUUUUCCUGGUAGCAAUAGUAAUAUUGAUCUGCAUGCUUUAACUGGUUGGAUCCCGGAACGUGUAGGUAUAAGACAAAGCGAUGCAGAUUUCAACAAAGACAGUCUAUUCACUACACUGGAAACUAGAAUGGCAAAAGGCGACGUUCUGGUAUCAGUAGCCACAGGUGAAUUAUCUGACCAAGAGGCUGAAAGAAGUGGCCUGGUCGCCACCCAUGCUUAUGCUGUAAUGGACGUGAGGACUGUUAACGGAGAAAAACUAUUGAAAUUGAAAAACCCUUGGUCGCAUUUACGUUGGCGCGGUAACUAUUCGGAAUUGGAUAUUAGACAUUGGACGCCGGAAUUGCAACGGUUAUUGGACUAUGAUCCUCAUAGCGCGGCUGAAUUUGAUAAUGGAGUGUUUUGGAUUGAUUAUGAAAGCCUUUUAAAGUUUUUUGAGGUGUUUUACAUGAACUGGAAUCCGGAAUUGUUUAAAUUUACUUAUUGUAUUCAUCAAAUGUGGCAUGCUGGUACAGGUCCAGCAAAAGAUCUUUACACUGCCGCCGCUAAUCCUCAAUUUUCGUUAAGUGUCAGCCCUGAAGCAUCUGGAGCAGUUUGGAUUUUGCUUAGCAGACAUAUCACUGAUAUUGAAGAUUUCAGAAACAAUAAAGAAUUUAUCACGGUUUUUGUUUAUAAAAAUGGCCAAAAAGUUUAUUAUCCGUACGAUCCUCCUCCUUACAUAGAUGGUGUGAAAAUCAACAGCCCUCAUUAUUUGUGCAAAAUUAUUUUGGGUCCUAAUAGUGGCAGGGAUUACACAAUUGUAGUGUCGCAAUACGAAAAAAGCACGACGAUUUAUUACACUCUGAGGGCUUACGCUACUUGUCCUUUCAAGUUGAGCGAAAUUAAAGAUCCUUAUAUUGAUGAAAAACAAGUUACUGGUGAAUGGAAAGGUAUUACAGCUGGUGGUUGUCCAAAUUAUCCUACAACUUACCAUAAUAACCCAAAAUUUAGACUUACUAUAGAAGGUAUUGCUGAGAAUAAUCAAAUUCUAUUGGAACUCAAAGGUCCCAAACAAUACCAAAUGGGUUUGGAAGUUAUAAUAAAACAGUUAAACGAUGAAAGCAUCACUGCACCUUUUAGAUCGAAAUCUUCUGGACCUUACAGGUCAGGAUAUGUUGUCUUGGAACUAACCAACAUUCCUGCAGGAACUUUAGAAAUUAUACCGUCCACUUUUGCGCCAGGACACGAGGGACCUUUUAUUCUAGUUGUUAAAUCUUCAGCUUCUUUUAAAAUUAGUAAUUAGUUCAAGUUUAAACAUUUUAUUGAAAUAUAUUUUAUAUUUUUAUCUGUUA